AUGAAACAUUUUCUUGCUUUUCUGUGUCUACUGGGGACAUUUCUACGUGUCUCGGCUCAAUGCACUGCCCAAGCGUCAGAGUUUCAACUUCAAGGAGAUUAUUUGUUAGGUGGACUUUUUGACAUUCAUCAUGUCAGUGACCCCGUUUAUCAAGACGGACCAGAAGCCAGUGACUGCUCCAGCCAACCCUUCAUUCUGCCAAGCUAUCGAAGGUUUCAGUUGAUGAGAUUCUCUGUAGAGGAAAUCAAUAACUCCACCAGCCUCCUGCCAAAUGUAUCUCUUGGCUAUGAGAUAUUUGACCACUGCUCAGAGACACACACUUUCCCAGGAGUUUUGAAACUCCUCUCAGUCGAUAACUUGAUCCAACCUUGGGGUGAACCAUACAAGAAUCUGUCCGAGGUGAUGGCACUGGUCGGCCCUUUUUCAAGCACUGACACUCUGACUGUAGCUCCACUGUUCAUGGUGGAUCUCAUUCCUGUGGUCAGUUAUGGAGCUGCGUCCUCUGCCUUUACAGAGAAAGCGAAAUAUCCCUCUUUUCUACGAACAGUGCAUUCCAAUAAAGAUGUCAUAGAAGUGAUUGUUAGCAUCAUACUGCGCUUCAAAUGGCGCUGGGUUGCUUUUCUUAACAGCGAUGAUGCUUUUGGCAAAGAUGGACUUGAAAUGUUCAUCAGAAGGAUUAAGGAUACUGACAUCUGCCUUGCAUUCACCAAAGGUCUCAACGACAAUACAAAUGACUCCCACGUAUUUGAACACAUAGAGGCGCAGAAGAUACACGUUGUCGUUGUUUUCGCUCCAAAACUGAGUGCUGAAGCUCUCAUUGAGUCAGCAAUGCAACUAAAUGUCACUAAAAGGGUGUGGAUAGCAGGGGACACCUGGUCCUUAAGCAAGAGGCUCCCCAAGGAGGAAGUGAUCAAAAGUAUUGGGACUGUACUUGGAGUGUCUCAGCCAGUGAUAAAAAUACCUGGUUUUGAUGAUUUUAUCCGUUCUUCUAGAAGCCAGGCUUAUUGUGAAAAGGCAGAACAAAAUUUGUUUUGUAAUCAGGCUUGCAAUUGCAGCAGCCUGAGUGCAGAAGAAAUCCUUGCUGUGGACCCAUCUUACUCUUUUCCUGUUUAUUCUGCUGUAUACGCCAUCGCUCACGCCUUACACAAUGUCCUGCAAUGUGGAGCUGGCAGAUGCACAGACAAUAUUACAGUGUACCCACACAAGGUUCUUGCAGAGCUGAAGAAGUCAAACUUUACUCUUUUAAACCACAAUAUUCAGUUUGAUGAGAAUGGUGACCCAACAUUCGGAUCAUAUUCUAUAGUUUUCUGGAACCACAGUGGUGAUGCGGAGGAGAUCGGCUUUUUUAAAUUCAACCCAUCAGUCAAUUUUUUCAUCAACGACAGCAAAAUUCAGUGGUACACAAACGGAGACGUGCCUACUUCACUGUGCUCCCAAGAAUGUCUUGGAGGAUAUGCAAAAAAGCAAGAUGGAAUCCACGAAUGCUGCUUCGUUUGUAAAAUCUGUGCGAAUGGAACUUAUCUCAACAGCUCAGGGGAUCCAUAUAAGUGCAUCGCCUGUAAGGAGACAGAAUGGUCUGCAGAAGGAAGUACAUCAUGCAGUCUGCGGGUGGUGGAGUACAUCCCAUUCACAGACAGUGGGGCCAUACUGAUUAUGACCGGGGCCUGGGCAUUUGUGGGCCUCACACUAACCAUGUCUGUUCUCUUUGCCAUCAACUACAACACACCUGUUGUCAGAUCUGCUGGAGGACCAAUGUGCUUCCUGAUUUUAGGCUGCUUCAGUCUGUGUAGUCUCAGUGUGUUCUUUCACUUUGGUAAGCCAACAACCUCCUUCUGUAUCUUAAGGUUGUUACCAUUUUCAUUGUUCUAUACUGUUUGUCUAGCAUGUUUUGUUGUGCGCUCUUUUCAGAUUGUUUGCAUUUUCAAAAUAGCUGUCAGGUUCCACAAGAUCAGCAGCUGGUGGAUGAAAUAUCAUGGACAAUGGCUGGUCAUCACUGUGGCAUUUGUUACUCAGGCACUCUUACUUAUUAUUGGCUAUACUUAUGCUCCCCCCAAACCCUACCAUGACACAUUGUGGUCCCAUGACAAAAUCAUACUUGGUUGUGACAUUAAUCUCAAAGCAUCCUCUGGUUCUGUAAUUUUACUUCUAUCUUUGUGCUCCCUUUGCUUUAUUUUCUCCUACAUGGGUAAAGACCUCCCAAAAAACUACAAUGAGGCCAAAGCAAUAACCUUCUGCCUGCUCCUGCUGAUCCUCACCUGGAUCGUCUUUGCAACUGAAUAUGUACUUUACCGUGGCAAGUACAUCCAAACACUAAACGCUCUGGCAGUACUCUGCAGUCUCUACUCCUUUCUGUUGUGGUAUUUCCUCCCAAAAUGUUACAUCAUCAUUUUCCAACCCCACAGAAACACGCAGGAAUACUUCCAAGGUCUCAUUCAGAGUUAUACCAAAACAAUCAGCCAGUAG